AGCAGGUGAGACGAAAUAAAAUGGCGGCAACCAUGUGUUGCUUAUGAUUUGGCUGUCAACACAUCAUUAACUUAAAAGUUAAAAGGAUCACCAAAAUAGCAUUUGUAUCUGGUGAACUGACACCUUUUUCACAACUGAUUAACAAUGGCCAAGAGAACUGCAACCCGGGAACUUACGGACAGAAACUGGGAUGAAGAGGAUGAACCAGAGGAGGCUGGAGAAUUCAUCCAGGCUACCGAGGACGUCCUGAAAACCCGGCAGAUAAAGAAAGCCAAGCGACGGGGGAUGGACGCUGGAAGUGAAGGUGGAGCUAGUGUGUUCACAGGAUUCGCAGGAUUCAAGUCAAAUGCAUCCACAGCAAGUUUUGGCGGGGCUCUUUUCACAGACAAAAACAAAAAUGGUUCAAAUUCAGGAAAGACUGAUUCUGUAAAAAGUGAGAAUGGUGGCAGUAAAUCCGAAUCGGAAUUCUUAAUGAACUUGAAAAGUUUGAACCAGAGUGUGGUGACUUGGAUUGAACAGCAUGUGGAAAAGAACCCAUUCUGUAUAUUGACUCCGAUAUUCAAAGAUUAUGAGAAACAUUUGGAGGAAUUGGAGAAGGAAAAGAAGAAAGAUGCGAAGCCCACUUCUGACUCUACAAAAGGUGAAGAGCCUGCCAAGGAGAAGAAACUGGAAACAGCAGGUACAAUUACUGGAGGGUUCAAGUUGCCUAGCAAUGGAUUUGGACAGUUGGGUUCUACUGCUAGCAGCUUUGGCGGCUCUGCACCAGGGAAUGGUGGCUUCUCUGGCUUCAACUUCACCAAAAGUAGCAGCGCCUCAGUUGGAAGCUUCGCCUUUGGGUCCACCUCUGUUCCCAAGACCAAUACCGAUGCAGGUGGCGAUGAGGAGUAUGUUCCUCCUACAGCUGAAGUCAGUGAAGUCAAGGAGCCCGACUCCUUCUACAGCAAGAGGUGUAAGUUGUUCUACCAGAAGGAUGAGAAGUGGGUGGAACGUGGCGUGGGCAACCUGCAUCUCAAGAAGGCCAGUGACAAGCUGCAACUGAUAAUCCGAGCAGACACAAACCUUGGAAGCAUUAUGCUGAAUAUUAUCAUGUCAGAAUCUAUGACAGUCAAGAAGCAAGGAAAAAAUAAUGUGUUCUUUGUGUGCAUCCCUAACCCGCCCUUUGACGUGAAGGCAGCCAGUGACAAGCCAUAUCCAAUUCUGCUUCGUGUCAAGACUUCAGAAGAUGCUGAAGAACUUAUCUCAAAGAUAGAAGAAAACACAAAAUAACACUUGUUGAGCAGUGCGUUUGAAGGCUUCUCUGUGAUGGCUGUUAUGAUAUAGCAAAUAAAUUCUUAUUAAUUUGUUUGGAAAGCAUUGUUGAAAAUAGUUGUUCAGUAUUGUUUGGAGAUUAUCGAUAUCACAUCACAAUGUAUGUAUAACUUUCCAAUGAGAUUGGUCACAAAUAGAUGAAGAAAUUUCAGUCCAUUUUCAACAUGAGUUUUACCAUUCUGACUUUCAUCCGUGUGCUCGUGUGGUAAAUGACAUGGACCUGAUCUUGAACAGUAGCUCGCUUUGACCAUACACUAGGGAUGUUUCUUCGUGAAGCCAAGGAUAGUUAUAUCUGUACUCAACAAGAUAGAGGUUUACACUCAGCAUGACUCGAAUACCCUGCAAGGGCUGACAUGACACACAGGCAUUGAGUUCUCCAUCAGGUGGUUAGGGAUGUCAAAUAACAGUGUUUGGGGAAACUUUGAGCUUUUCAGAGGGUCUUUUCUAUAUAUUUGGGAUAGUUCCUUUUGCUUAGUGAUGUCAGGAGAAACAUGUCUCAUUGAUUCUGAUAAUGCUGUCCCUAUAACUAUUUGCAGAAUAAGUAAGACGUUUUCAGACACAAGUUAAAUUAUUGGUUGACCAUCGUACAGUAAACAGUUGUUUUAUUUUUUUACCUUUGUAUUAAUGGUCUGUAUAAUAUACAUGAAUACUGUGUAUUUUUCAUAUCUUCAACCCACAUGGAUUUAUUGAAAUGUGUGUGUCUGGCAGAUGUCGCCAAUCCUUGACGCCCAUUUUCCCAAGCCCAAAAAACUUAACCAUCUGUAGGCUCUUUUUUUGCACAAUCUAUGAACCCGUCUGCCCAAUCUUCCCAUCCAGGACCCCAACCCUCCCAAUCCGUGAACCCUCAUCUGUAAAAUUCCAAGUUGCAGUUCCAUUUGUAAACUUUGCCACCAUGUGUGUUUCUACUGAGCGAGGAUGAAUGAUGCUGUUGUAUUUCUUGCCUUUCUGCUCAUGUCUUGCAUCAUGUGUUUGACCUGUCUCCAUCACGAGGACUCCUGCGUUGUGUUUGACGUGUCUCCAUCAUGAGCACAUGUAUGUGAUUACUUGCUGUUUGUCAUCACAUUUGUCAUCUUGACAUAUUCCUUCCUACAUUUUGACUAAGAAGUGAAAGAUCACCAGGCUCAAAAUCCCUACAUUUUCAUACGUAGUAUUAACUUUCUUCUUGUUUUUUUGCGUGUUUUUUUCUCUCAAAUCAAUUUAUUUUGACAAUUAAAAUCGUACAUACAUGUGCAAAUGUAAUGCUGGUUCUUUCAUAAGAAUCACGUUUGAAAACUAGACUUAAGACAUUCUUGAUUCUCAGGCUGUGUGUUAUUAUUUGUUGGCAAAUUGUCGGAGUCAGUAAAAUAAAUGACAUUUUAUUUAUGAUAACCAGGUUAGUCAUUGAGAUGUGUACAACAAGAAUAUGACAUGUAGUCGCCAAUGAAACAUCUAACCAGCCUGCACCAGGUUUUCAAUGGUAAGUUUUCUUGGAACUGUUUCUGUGUAUUUCCCCGAGCCAUUUCUGUAGGGAUGUGAAAUUACAAAUCCAUGUCUCUAAGGCAUGUGUAUUUUGACUUGUUGCUAGAAAUGAAAUCUCUGGUGUGAUCUUCCUUUACUAUUACUUUCUUCUGUUUGCCUGUAUAAUUGUGUGUGUGAUUUGGAGGAUACGGUGGACAUGGAUGCUGCUAUGCUGGCUGCUCCUGCUUUUCGUCGUAUCAUGGAGCAUUGUGAGAGUUUUGUUGUAUCGGUGGAAGUAUGUAUGCUCAGUAAAAUAAAGUUCAGUAAUGUUGAAAGUUAUUGCAUGCAGAUAUGGACAUCUACAUAAUUGUAAAGAAUUUUUAUGUGUCAGUCAAAUGUUAGGCAAAUAUUUGUGCUUGAUAACAGUUACUGAUUUAACACAAGCUGCCAUUGCGAAGAUGGAUUGCAGCCUUGUUCUCCCAGAUGUGUAGUACAGUGUCUCAUACCUCUUGUAAAAGCUACAUAUUUUAAUAUACUGCUUUAAGGUUGAUAUUUCAAACUAGAUUUUAUUCUAUCUCACGACUUAUUGUUAAUUGCAAAAAUUCUUGGUGCAACAUGUCAAUAAAUGUUUAAACAAA